AUGGACAGCCCAGCAUACCUGCCUGCUCCUCUGGCAUCUCCUGCUCUCAUGGUCUUGGCCUCCACUGCCGAGGCCGGCCGUGAUGCUUCUGUGCCCUCCCAGGCACCCAGGCCUUUUGGGGUUCCAACGUCUGUGGAGAAGGACCUGCACCUUCCUUUCCCCUCGGCCUCCUACACUUUCACCUCCAUGUACCAGCGACAAGGCCCCCUAUCAGGCACCUUCAGCCCCAGAGACUUCCACGCCUCCCUGCUCCACCUGCACCCACAGUUUAGUGCCCCAAACCUGGACUGCUCUCCUUUGGGCAUGCUCAGCCACAGCAGCAUCGGAGCCUUCAGACCCUUCUCCUCACCUCCAGACGACAGGGAGCCAGGGGGGUAUCAGUCGGCUUUCACCCCUGCAAAGAGGCUCAAGAGCUGUUUCCCUGAUGUGGAGGGCAAGGACUUUGACUUUGGCUCUUCAGGGAGCGCUCACAAAACAGCAGAGGACUCUGGGAGGAGGUUGUUUUCUAUGUCAGGCCUGCUGUCUGAUGGUGAGACUUCAUCGAGCCCAGAGGAACGCAAAGAGCACUGUGAGUAA